AUGGCAGCUCCCGGCGGCGGCGUGAUCCGACCCGCGGUCACGGCGGCCCUAGGCGGCGGCGCAGCCAUACGUGCGAGCACCCCUCCCCAUGGUGGCUUCGACGAUGGAUCCAUCGGCAACCCCCUCGCAGCGCCCCUCUCCAAACUGAUGGCGGCGGCAGCCCCUUCCCCUAGCAGAUCUGGCCUUCCGUGGUGGUGGCGGCGGCGGCCGUCCCGAGGCAGCCUCACCAUUGCAGUGGUGGUGGCGGCGGCGGACUCACCGUUGCAGUGGCGGCGGCCUCUCAGUGGCGACAGGGUCCUCCUCGGCACCUCUGGUACAGCAGCAUCGCCGAUGACGGCCCACAGCACAAGCGCUCUCAGGCCGCCGCCGCCGCCGGAGCCGGCGUACCCGACGAGGUCGUUAAGCAACGUCUGA